UGUUUCAGUUUAGGGUCAGCUAUAUUUUAUCUCAUCAUAGUCAAGUGGUGCUGACGUUACCAUGACAACUUGUGUGGAGAUACGCCAGCCACUGUUACAACCAUCAGCCGAUUGCUACUGGCAUUUUUUCCCUGACCGACAAAGACAAAGACAUCCAUUUUAUGUAAAACUCUUAGCAAUGGCUUUCAGCUUUUUGUUGCUUUGGGAACUAAUUGGAGCAUUUUUGUACAUGGUUCGUGAUGUUGCUUGCUUCAGGGACCAAUCCACCGCAUAUCGUUGCGAAAAAGACGAAGCUUUCCCUUAUUCAGAAGAUAUCACAAUGACGUGGCUGGCCUCCCUAUGUAUUUUCACGGCUAUCUGUAUAGCUGCACUUCGGAUAGUUCCACAGUUCCCUGGUUACAAGGCAAUCUUACAUCAGCUCAAAUAUGUUCCUUCAUUUUGGACUUUAAUAAUCCUCUUGGGUGUCGCCUUGUUUCGAUAUGUCAAGCUAUUAAUUUCUAUCAAAUCUCUGUCAUCUUGGGUCGUAAUUUUUUCCUUGAAAGUAAGUUACAUUCUCAGAACUUUGGUUGUAGGAUUUUUAAAUUACACUAGACUGGACUCCUUAAAGCAGAAAUAUCCCACUUACGUUUUCAUUUUAUCUAAAGUAACGGUGUUGGUAUUUUUUAUUGUUACUUUCGUCAAUCUAAUGGCGACCCUUUUGGCUCUGAGUGUUGAAAUCCGCGAGAUGCAUAAAACAGAUCGAGCUAAGAACUCGCUCGAUUUGGAUACCAUAAACGAACUGCUGGAGGUCUUUGGCACGACUACUUUUAGAAUUAAGUUAAUGAAAUUCUUUUGGGAAAAGUUUUUUAUUGACGACAGGAAGAUUCUUUGCUUUCAUAUGCCUUUGGAAUGACCUAGAAAAUGAAGAUCUAAGAAUCUUACUUUCGUCCCUAGGCUCACUCUGAUCACAUGACCUGCGCACUGAAAUGACUGUGCUCCAUCUGAGCGAAGAAAGAUUUUGCCAUUUUUUCUUUUACAAUUUAUUCAAGUGUGAUUUGUUGUUAAGAAUGACCUCUUCUGUAGAUAAUUUUUUUAGCGAUCCUACACCGUUCGAAUUUUCAAAUGGUUCAUAAUUAAAACCUUUGAAAAGUUUGAGGUAAUAAAUUUGUAGAAUUUACUACCUUGUUUCAAAUUUCAAUGUUGAAAUAGUGCAACAUUUCAA